CCGCAAAUAUGAAUUAAUUGAAUUUUAAUGCUGUAUCAAACGCCCCAAUAAAAAAAAAAUUCAAAUCUCAACUUUACUGUUAACAAAAUUCCUUGAAAUCCUAACCAGAAGACUGAUUGUGAUCAACUGCCUUUCCGUUUUACUUCAAAGUUUAUUUUUGCUAAAUUUCGUUGUUUCUUUAAUCGAUCUAAAAUUUAUGAUUAGAUAAUCUAUUAUUCAAUUGACAGAGAAAACUAAACUAUAUUUUCUAAAUCUUGUAGCUCGGUUAUAGAGUUACCUAUCAAAAAUAAUCUUCUUGGUUGGAGUAGGAGGGAAAUUGGAAUGAAAAUUUUGAUUUACCUUAAAUGGAGCUGGACUUACAAUCGUGUGCUCGACUGCUCAAUACAGUUAACAGCAACCAAUCUCUUCCAAACGGGAAGCAACUCCACCUCAUUUUCCUCAAAAGGGGCAUCCUUCACUCUGCUUUAACAAUAGCCAAUCGCCUUCUCCAAAUGUACACAAGGUGUGGACAAAUGAAUGAUGCACAGUUACUGUUCGACGAAAUGUCUCAAAGAAACUGCUUCACUUGGAAUACUAUGAUUGAAGGGUAUAUGAAAUGUGGAAAGAUAAACAACUCUUUUGACUUGUUUCGUUCAAUGCCGAACAAGAAUGAGUUUUCUUGGAACAUGGUCAUUCUUGGACUCGUUAAAGCGGAGGAGUUGGGUGUUGCUAGACGACUUUUGUACGAAAUGCCGCAGAAGAAUGAGGUAGUUUGGAAUGGAGUUAUUCAUGGGUACGCGAAAAUGGGGUACCCUGGAGUGGGUUUACGCUUGUUUAAGGAGUUUGUAGAGUGGGAUUUUUGUGAAAUGGGUGGUGCAUCGUGUAUAGAUUCGUUUGUUUUGGCGACUGCGUUAGGGGCGUGUGCUGAUGUAAGAGGCGUUGAUUUAGGGAAGCAAAUUCAUGGUCGUAUUAUGGUAGAUGGAGUUGAACUCGAUUCUGUGUUGGCAAGUUCUUUAGUUAACGUGUAUGGAAAAGGUGGUGAUUUGGAUAGCGCGAGUUAUAUUUUGAAUAGAAUGAAGAAUCCUGAUAACUUUUCCUUGUCAGCAUUGAUAUCAGCGUAUUCAAACUGUGGUAGAAUGGAUGAUGCUAGAAAGAUCUUCGACUUGGUAACUGAUCCUUGUAUUGUACUGUGGAAUUCCAUGAUAGCAGGGUAUGUGGCAUGCAAUAAAGUAUCAGAAGCAUUACUGCUUUUUGAGGAGAUGCACAGAGAGGGACUUAUAGGGGAUUCGUCUACUUUAGCUAGUGCAUUGAAUGUCUGUGCUAGUGCACAUGCUGUUAAAAAUUGUUUGCAGGUGCAUGUUUAUGGUUUUAAGCUUGGACUGCUGGAUGACCUUAUCGUUGCUAGUGCUCUCAUUGACACUUACGCUAAAUGUGAAUGUCCUGAUGAAGCGUCCAAAGUUUUUAAUGAACUCAAAACACAUGAUACCGUCUUGCUAAAUUCUAUGAUUACCAUGUAUUUUAACUGCAACAGAAUUGAAGACGCUAGGCAAUUAUUUGAGUCAAUGCCCUAUAAGAGCUUAAUAUCUUGGAACUCUAUGAUAAUUGGUCUCAAUCAAAAUGGUUGUCCAGUUGAAGCACUGGAUCUUUUUUACAGGAUGAAUAGGAUGGAUUUUAGGAUGGACAAAUUUAGCUUUUCAAGUGUGAUCAGUGCCUGUGCAAGCAUUGCUUCAGUUGAACUUGGCGAACAGAUUUUUGCAAGAGCUGUUAUAAUCGGCAUUGAUUGUGAUCAAAUAAUUUCUACCUCCUUAAUUGAUUUCUACUGCAAGUGUGGUUUUGUUACUGAUGCCAGGAAGCUCUUUGACCAAAUGAUGAAAUCCGACGAGGUUUCGUGGAAUUCUAUGUUGAUGGGUUAUGCUACAAAUGGUUACGGAAAUGUAGCAUUGGAUUUAUUCAGCGAAAUGAGAAGUGCGGGUGUUGCACCGACAUAUAUCACAUUUAUUGGUGUCUUGUCUGCCUGUGAUCAUUGUGGUCUACUAGUAGAGGGAAAAAGGUGGUUUUAUUCAAUGAAUUACGAUUACCACAUUAAUCCAGGGAUUGAACAUUACUCCUGUAUGGUAGAUCUUUAUGCACGAGCAGGAUGUCUUGAAGAAGCUGUGAACCUCAUUGAAAAGAUGCCAUUUGAGGCAGAUUCAAGCAUGUGGUUAUCCAUUAUGAGAGGAUGUGUAGCUCAUGGUAGUAAGAUACUAGGAGAGCUGGUGGCCCAACGCAUUGUAGAGCUUGAUCCUGAGAAUUCAGGUGCUUUCGUGCAGUUAUCAAACAUAUUUGCUACUUCUGAGGACUGGGAAAGAUCUGCUUUGGUCCGGCGGCUGAUGAUAGAAAAGAAAAUCCACAAGAGUUCUGGUCGAAGCUGGAGUAAUUUGUAAGAAAUAUGCAGUACAGGUCUCCUGAUAAUUAUUACAGCAGUGGGAGAAGUUCGGUGAGGUUGGUAUAGUGAUCGUGGUUCAUGGGGAAGAGAGUGGCCUGGUCUUCCCUCCUAUAGUAGCAACAACUCAAGUAAUUAUUCUUUCUGCUCUCUUCAAAAGAUGCCGACAUUGAUGAGAUCUUUGAUGCAUGUUCUGCGCACGGCUAAAAACUUGAAUGAAUCAGGUCUUCGUGCUAAGGCGGACUUUAAAGAGAACUAUUUAUUACCUGGAUGGAAAUAUUUUUCUGGGAGACUGAAGGGGGUUUCCACUUAUGAUUGUACUAGUAUAAAAAGGCCUUGCAAAUGACCAGGUACAAGCUGUUAGACACAGUGCAGCCAAAACAGAUAUUCCAUGGCUAGUCUAGUUGAGCAAGUGAAAGAUAGUCUGUAUCCUCCAAUAUCUAUUUGAUGCUGCAAAACAAAAGUGGGAUUCUUGCCUUCAUGUUCUAAGAAUCUGGGAUGAAUUUGCGGAAGCACAGAACCUUUAAGGAGGAAAAAAGCAUUAACCAAGCUAUAAAACAGAUGACUAAGGCAUAAUGGUUUUUGUUCAGCUGGCAAAGAAGAAAAAAAGGAAUAGCAUGCUGAAUCUUUAUAGAGGAGAUGUGAUGUUGCUGUGGAACAUGUCAACUGAUAAAAGAAUGGUUUAGCUAAACGAGGAAAUUGGUUAGGACUGCAUUUAAAGCAUCCUUUGACUGCAUUCCCGAGUUUUGGUACGUUUGUGUAGUAAGUAAUGAUUUUGAAAAUCCUUUUGGCAACUGAUCUAAAUUAUUUCUUCUUUUACCUUCUCUAUACAUACAAUUUAUUCCUGUUUUAUAUAUUUUCUAUAAUACUUUACAUUGCA